AUGGCAUCUAACAAACGGCAACAGUGGAAUGAGGAGGACAUGCGACGGGCUAUUAUUAACGUACAAAGCCAAAAUAUGGGCUAUAAAUUAGCUGCAAAGACCUUUAAUGUUCCCAAGACAACAUUGCGAAGACGCUUAGAGAAACAAGACAGCUCCAAGGGUUAUUUAGGAGGGCGAAAGGCCACUUUCUCCAAAGCCAUAGAAGACGAGAUUGCAGGUCAUAUAAUCGAAAUGGAGACAAGAUUUUUUGGACUAACUUCCAAAGAUUUACGGCGGAUGGUAUUUGAAGUAGCCGAAAAAAAUAAAAUAAAACAUUGUUUCAAUCGGGAAGUUAAACUGGCAGGUUGGAAGUGGGUUAGGGGAUUCCUAAAACGCAAUCCACAAAUAUCUUUGAGAAGCCCAGAAAGUACGUCAUUAGCUAGAGCCCAGGCAUUUAAAAAACCUAAUAUAGAAGCCUAUUUUAACGCACUAUCCAAUAUUCUGGAGCAGUACAACUUUUUGCCCGAAAAUAUAUACAAUAUGUAUGAAUCAGGUUUGACUACAGUGCAAAAAAAAUGCCAAAAAAUUUACGCUGCAAAAGGUCGGAAGCAAGUGGGUGCUCUUAGUAGUGCCGAGCGUGGACAGCAUGUAACUGUAGUAUGCGCAAUAAAUGCCAUAGGCACUUACGUCCCUCCUGCUCUUAUUUAUCCUCGUCAAAGGAUGAAUGAGGAACUAAUGAACGGUGAUGAAGGUUGA